AAGAACAACAGUUCCCGAGAUGCUUUGCGGCAGAUCCUCCGCCUUGGAUAGUGGCUAACCGCCGAGGUGUCCACUGUAUUACCAUCCUCAAAUAAAGAUGAACAAUGUAUAAGAGGAUCCCAAGAGUAAGAGAGAGACAGAGUAUGCAGUUGGAAGCCACAAUAUGGCAGUGAAACCUAAGAAAGGACUAAAAAGUUCCAUUGAUGAUGUCCUCAGUGAUCUCCUUGGUGAUGAAGAUGAUGUUCCCCUUAAAUCUACAAAACCUGCUUCAUUUGGUAGCAGUAGAGGGAGAGCUGGAGGAAUCACCUCACAGAGUAACAAAAGGGGCCUUCUGGAUGAUAACUUCUUCAACAAAAUGGCUCCUGAGGAAGGGGCAGACAUAGAGGAUCCUGAUAUCUCAGAUGUAGACCCAGAUGCUCUUCUAGAGACCUUGAAGGAUAUGGAUGACAUGGAAGCAGAUCUUCUGGGCAUAAAGAAAGCAAGCUCUGGGCCUGUUCAGAGACCUGUGAAAAACAUGGGGAAGACUGAGCCAGAAAGAUCUGCCAAGAAAACAACGGUUGCUGCUGAGAAAGGAGAAUCUGUAAGUAGAAUAAAUAAGGCUUUCAGCUCUACCCCCACCACCAGGCAGUUGAAACAGAAGUUCUCCUUUGAAGAUAUGAAUGACCCUUUGGAUGGCCUUUUGUCUGAUGAACAAGACAGCACAGAGAAGAAAGUACAUUCCUCUGCCACCAAAAAUACUCCAGAAACUGGAAACUCUAAAGAGAAAGCUCCUCACCACACCAUUGCCCCUGAUCAAAAAAGGGGGGAGUUAACAUUUGAGGUUGAUGGGGAUGAUCUCAUGGAUGCUCUGGGGUUUGGUGAGAACUUGAAGGCAGAAGUAAAAUCGGACAAAAAGGGUGAAGGCAGGGAGGAGCCUCGUCCUGCCCGAUCUAUGCUCGAUGAAUUGCUGGGAAGAGGAACAGCAAAAAAACUCCUGGAGCGACCGAACACAGGGGAACCCAAGGAGUUUAAGCUGGAUAAGAAAUAUCAGAAGCAGGCAGAUAAGGAAGACCCUCUUGGAGAAGAGUUCACUUUUGGGGUCUACCAACCCACCAUGGCUUCAACUCCAGAAGGACGGCAGUCAAGACGGCAGUCUGUCAGGUUUUCUUCAGAAAACCUCAGUGAACUGAAAGCAGAUCAGAGGUCCAAGGUGUCCACCCCAGCAUCUGGCAGCCCCAUACGCAGCAAGGCUGGAGCUGAUUGGCUGGGUCUGAAGGAUGAAGAUUUUGACUCGCUCCCACCUUCUCCACUAAAGGAAUCCAGUAAGACCAGUGUAAGAGGGGCUACACUAGAAGUGCCACUUGGCCCUUCUGAUGCUGAGCAUCCUGCACCUACCAGCCAGCUCCCUUCUAGAUCCAAGCCAGCUACUGAGGAAGCAGCACUGAAGCCUGAGCCUAGUGAGGAGGAUGGUGACAGCUGGCUGAGUAAUGUCUUAUCGCAGAAGAAAACUCGAGUGCAAGAGAAAGGGAAGGAGAAGAGACCUGGGCCCUCAGACCCUUGGAUGCAGGGCGAGGAGGUGGCUCCAGUUGCUCUCACCACCCAACCUGCUACCUCUGCAGAAAGACAUCAGCAGUCGGUCGUCACAAUAGAUAGACCUGCCAGGCUGGAGGAACCUGAGUCUUCCAUGCCUUGGUUAAAGUCUCAGGAAAAGGCCACUCCAGCUUUUCCUGUCGAUCCCAGGAAAGGGACUCCCUUUGGAGACACAAACACCACAGCACCUGCAACUUUUUUUCAAGGACAUACAGAAGUCCUCAGGACUCCUGUGCACUCCCAGCUGCUGCACUCAGAACCCCACAUGUUGGGCUCACCAAAUAUUGGCGAAUAUGAUAAAAGGCUGGUAGGUGUGCAAGCACAGCUGCGAGAGACCCUGGCAAGCUGCCAGGCGGAGCUUCUGAGUGGCCAGACUCGCCUUGCUGAGCUGGAAGGUCAGGUGAGACGGCUGGAGGUGGAGAGGAAUCAGCAGAAACUGCUGUUGGAAAGUCUGCAACAGCGUCAUCAAGAGGACUUGGAACUCCUCGAGAAUGCUCAUAGGAACCGUGUGAAAAUGAUGGAGGACUCAUACCGCCAGCGCGAGGAGCGUCUCCAGCGGGAGAACCAAGAGUUGGCCGAACAGUAUCUAGCUCGCUGUCAAAGUGCAGAGCAGGCUAAAUCAGAGAUGCUGGUCCAGCACCAGCGAAGACUCGCAGAGAUGGAGCAGGAGAGGGCCAAAGAAAUUGAUCGGCUACAGGAGCUUCAGCGGAUGUCCAUUCUGCAAAUGCGUAAAGAUCAUGAAGAGCAACUUCAGCAGUUGAAACAACUAAAGGCUCAGGAGAUAGACGCAGUGACCAGUGCCACCUCUUACACCAGGUCUUUGAAUGGCAUCAUAGACCAGAUGGAGAAGUUCUCCGGCAACCUGAACGAGAUUGCCAACAAAGUGGAGGCCACUCACCACACCACACACCAAGGGCUUGAGAUCGGGGCUCGCCAAAGGGAUGAACAGCUCAGAGUUCUGCAAGACCGUCUCAUCCGGCAGCAGAGAGACAUGGAAGAUGAGCGAGGCCGGCUGCAGGAAGUCAUCUCGAAAAUGGAGGCCAGGCUAAAUGAGCAGACCCGCCUUCUGGAGCAGGAACGUUGGAGAGUGACAACAGAACAAUCCAAGGUGGACUCCUUACAGCACUCACUUGAGGAGCAAAGAAGGGUCAUGACACAGCAGCUGGCCAUGGAAAGGGAAGAGUUAGAGAGGGCAAAGAAUUCUCUGCUUGAAGAACAGAAGACAGUCAUGCAGAAAUGUGCUGAGGAGCGUCGUAAACUUGCAGCAGAAUGGUCAGAGCUCCACACCCAACAGAGGCUGAGCAAAGAGCGCACAGAGCGAGAGGUUGACCGGGCUCUCCAGAUUGACUCUCAGAGAGAAGGCGCCAUCAUGAGCCUUGCAAAGGAACAAGCAGACCUGAAAAUCAAAGCCAGUGAGCUAAGAUACAAAGAGGAGCAGUUGGCUAGAGACCGGGAGAUUCUGGAGCAAGAGAAGCAGGAGCUGAGACUGGAAAAGGAAAGAGUUAAUGCAGCAGCUUUGCACAUUAAGCAGAGGGCAAGCGAAAUCAACAAUAUGAGCAAGCUCUCCUCCCAGAAGUAUGAAGAAGGGGAGAGAGCCCUCCUGGAGGCAAGGAAGGUCGAGUCUGAGCAUCAGGCACGGCUGCAUGCUGUGCAGCAGCAGAUGGAACGGCUCAAGCAGCAUGAGGAACAGCUACACCAGGAGCGGCUCAGUAUGUCUAAUCAGAGAAGACAGCUUGAACAGCUGCGGGUGGGACUUCCAAGCAAUCCACCACUGUUCCAGACUGUACCCCAACUGCCAUUGUCAGCUGCUCAAGCCAACGUGAUCUCCAGUGUGCACUAUGUGCCUCUCCCUGAUCUAUCCGUAGUCAACUCUACCAACACUGGAGCUUCCCAGGGUCUCCCAGGAUCAGGACCAGCAGACCUCUAUGCCAAGCUUGUGCUGCAUAAGCUUACGGCAGAAAGAGAUCAUGAUUUCCUGGAAGAAGAGCAGUUCUUCUUAGAAACACUGAAGAAAGCUUCCUACAAUACACCAUCCCAGUUGGUAUGAAAGUAGGUGGGUCGUGGUAGCACCCCUGCCUGGAUUGGUGCUUUUUCCGAAAUAAAGCUGGAGUUUAUCUCUUUGAAUGGCUAAACAUGCUUUCAUGGGGAAUUAAGUAUGUAAAUAACAAUUAAACCCUAUUUUGGCAGAAACUACAAACUGUAAAAUAAAGAUUUUUUAAAAUGUCUUGUAAA